CCAUCAUGGUUAUGCGAAGUGCGCCUUUGAUGGGAUGGAAGAAUGUGAGCACUGGAUCCGAUGCUGAAAAGCACAUGCCAAUUACAAGGAUAUGCGUUCAGGUACAGCAAGGUUCAAUCUAUGGCGUGCGUGAUAGACUCCCAAAUGGGCAGAAUUACUACUACUUCAAGGGAGUUCCGUACGCGAAGGCACCCGUUGGACAGCUUCGCUUCAAGUCUCCGAUGCCUUUGGAAAAGUUUGCCGUCUCCUAUCUGGACUGUACUCGCGAGCGUAGCAACUGUCUCGGAUUGGAUGUACUGACGAAGGAGAUCAGUGGCUCUGAAGACGGACUGUUCCUAAACAUCUACACGCCGAAGCUAGGCAAACGAGAUGAUCCGGAACCACUGCCGGUGAUGGUGUUCAUCCACGGCGGUGGACUUAUCGGAGGCCACGGAGAUAGUUCGCUCUAUCUUCCAAACUACCUCGUACAGGAGGGUGUGAUCGUUGUGACGCUCAACUACCGGUUAGGAGUGCUCGGAUUUCUCUGUUUACCGGACGCUGGCGUUGAGGGUAAUGCGGGUCUUAAGGACCAGCGUGCCGCACUACGGUGGAUAUCGGAAAACAUAGCUGUGUUUGGUGGAGAUCCAAGCAAUGUGACCCUUUUCGGUGCAAGCUCAGGGGCGAUCGCUGUCAACUUCCACUGCCUGUCAGCAGAGUCGAAGCGCUAUUUUCAUAAAGCAAUUCUUCAGAGUGGUUCCAUUUACACGGAGUUUGCGUUCCAAGAGCAGCCGGAAGAAAAGGCUCGACGGUUGGCAAAGCUGCUAGGACACAGUCCGACUUCGGAUGUGGAAGUGUACGAGAUACUUCGAAGUGCACCAGCCCGAAAGUUGUUUGAACUGCAACCACUGGUGCUUACCGAGCGGGAGAAAGCGGUGGAACGUUUGUUUCAGAUCCCGUUCCUACCGGUGAUCGAGCGAUCGGACUCCGGAGAUGCAUUGAUCACUCGUCAUCCAACGGAAAUUCUCAGUGAGCCAAACUCGAUGGACAUCCCAAUAAUACUCGGGUAUAACGAGCGGGACGGUAUGAUGGUACUGAUCGAUGCCAUCAAAACGCUCGCCACGUACAAUGCCGAACCGGAACGUUUCAUUCCACGAACGGUCGCGCUGGACUACUUCUCACCAGAGGCUCGGGCUCUCGGUGAAGAGAUCCGAUCUUUCUACUUUGGAUCACGCCCCGUCUGCCGCGACACGCUGAAUCAACUAACAGACGUAUUCACUGACAAGUAUCUGCUCGCUUACCGGAUGACGGUGGAACUGUGGGCCCGUCAUCAACGUCGAUCCAAGUUUUUUGGCUAUCGUUUCGCGUUUGACGGUUUGUUGAACAAGGGUAAAGCGAUCAUGUCCCUGGGCACAAUGAAAGGCGCGGCCCAUAUCGACGAGGUGUACUAUCUGUUCAGUUCACCGCUACUCCGUACCGAAGUGCCGGAAACGGAUCGUGCUUAUGGAUUGCGAAAAACGAUGGUUCGUCUAUGGACCAACUUCGCACGGUACAGUGAUCCAACGCCUGAAAGCGCUACUCCGGACCCCACCGUUCCCUUCCGCUGGCAGCCUCAACCGAACGUGCCGGAAAAUCAGGACGUUCCGCUGAUGUGUCUGAACAUCACCAACACCGGCAUCACAAUGGCCGAAAUGCCCGAAAAGCGACGGAUGAACUUUUGGGCAGGAAUUUUCGAACGCUUCAAUGGGAAAUUGGCUGAUGUCAAGUUGCCCACGAUCAGCUCGUCGGGCAGUGCUGCAAUCGAUCUCAACAACAACACUCUAUAA